CUGUCUCAAGGAGAUAUCUAAUCUUGACGCGCCUCAGUGCCACUGCCUCAGCACCAUAAAGCAGCGGCGCUGGGCACCUCUUCCCCAGUCAGUGUCAGAGUGUGCCGAGCUUCUGUGAGUGGCAGUGGUCCUGACUUGUCCCGCAAGGCUCUCACAAGACGCCUUGAGGUCAACCUCCAGCAUGAUGCCCGCACUGGCCUGCCCGCGGCUGGUCCUCGUCCUCGUCCUCGUCCUCGCCCUCCUCCACUCAGCAGAGGGGGCAAAGUGUGUGAGCGGCCAGACCGAGUGCGCAACAAAAGGACAGUGUAUAAGUAAGUCUAAUCUGUGUGACGGGACCAAUCAAUGCUCGGACGGCUCGGAUGAGGACGUCACCAUAUGCGAGUCCUGGCCAACGAGAAGCCACAACUGUCCCAGUCACAGAUACGGCAGCAGCUCAAUCGUCUACCAUUCAGGAAGCUGCUACACUGUCUACAGUAUGUGUUCGGACAGCAGCCGCUCCAGAUUCAUGAACUCCAGAGUCUGUGAGAUUGUCCUCAAGCCUAAACUUGGGUCUGACCAGGAUGGAAUGAACAUGACCAAUGAAGCGGUCGCCUUGCUGAGCUCGGCCGUCAACUCCACCCUGAAAGCGAGGAAGCCAGACUGUCCCAUGCUGUACACCCGCGUAGGAAAUGAUUGUCUCUCCUUCUUUUCACCCGCAAAGGUGGCGUGGCCCGAGGCUCGACAGUUCUGCCGGAGCAUCUACGGUGACCUGUGGCACUUCACGGACAUUGCAUCGUACGGGCACCUAAUGGCCUUUUUGAGGGAAGAACAGUUCACCUCCAACUACUGGAUUGGCGGACGGUACGACCUUGACACCAACGCCUGGUCGUGGGCGACGGAUGACUCUGUCAUGCCACUUGGCGCUCCCUACUGGACACUGAAGCAAGAAAGCUCCUGUGUUCGCCGCCGCCCGCCACACACUGACCCCUUCUCGGACCCACCCGCCGCCCUCCCCAACGCACCCUGUUACCGCAAUGUGUUGUCCCCCAAGAAGAGGUCUUCAGGCUGGUGUGCAGCAAUGACCUAUGAGAACUACUACUUCUGGUCCGACGAGACGUGUGAUGAAACCUUCAGCCCGCUGUGCGUCUUCAUUGGGCCCUCCGACAAACAGGAGGCCGACAACUAGGAAGGAACUGCUGUGCCGUGGACGCUGACGCCACACGACCCACUGCUUGCUUCACUACUUCAUUUUUGUGCAACGGUUAACAAAGUAUUGUAAAGGGUGAUUAAUAAAGCAUGUUCUGCCCAUGAUA